GACGUCUCCUGUGUGUCUCUGUCCCCCUGCAGAAGAUGCGUGAUGCGUGAUAGAGCCAGCGUCUGCCACGCCUGAGGCCCCACACUGAGCGCAGAGCCCCAGUCCAGCCCCGGCACUACACGAAUGGCCCAGGGAAACCACCAGAUUGACAUCCAGGUUUUGCACGACCUGCGCCAGAAGUUUCCCGAAGUCCCUGAGGGCGUCGUGUCCCAGUGCGUUCUUCAGAACAACAACAACUUGGAUGCUUGCUGCAAGUACCUGUCUCAAGUGAGUCCGGGAUACGUACAACGACGGGAACGUCAGCCUCUCGCCCUCGUCCUCAAUCACUUCUCCUCGUGCGACGAGCCCAGUUUGGCGCGGUUGAGAAAUCACAUGACUCAGCUCACGCUGGGCCGGCAGUGUCAGCAUGUGCCUAGCAACAGCGCUAGCGUCCCGAGGCAGAACGGCAGCCGAACACUGUCCCACAGCCUGAGCGAGGGGCCCCUGCCCAGCUCCCCCCAGACCCACGCCACCUACUACGCCCAGGCCCACGAGCCCCAGUCCGCCCCCGCACACAUCCCCACCAGCCUGAACGUCUUCGGCGGCAUGGAGCCCACCGCCGCAUCCACACGCAAGCCCCAGCCCCCCCAGCACCUGGGCCUGUACCAGCUGGGAGGCGGGGGCAGUAAAGGACACCAGAUGGGGCCCCCGCAGGCCCCGCGCUUCAACCCCAUCACGGUGACGCUGGCCCCCAACAUCCAGACGGGCCGCAACACACCCACGUCUUUGCACAUCCACGGCGGGCCGCAGCCCGGGCUCAACAGCCCGUCCGGGGGCAACUCCAUCUACAUCCGGCCCUACGUGACCCAGCCCGGGGCCGGCGGGGGCAGGCAGGGCCAGCAGCAGCAGCAGCAGGCAGGGGCGGCCCGAGCGCAGUACAGCCCCACCUCGCAGCCACAGCAGCAGAUCUACCAGAUCAGCAGCCACCCCUCCAGCCUGGGCGGGGGCUCGUGGAGCGGCAGCGGGGGGGCGCUCCAUAACCUUACCUCACAGCACCAGUCGCAGCAGGGUCACCAGACCUCACACGUCUACAUGCCCAUCAGCUCGCCCACCAACCCUCAGGCACCCUCCUUCCUGCAGGCCAUUUCUGCCGCCGGAGCCCAGGCCUCUUCAGCCUCCUCCUCCUCCUCCUCCAAUGCUUCCUCUUCCUCAGCCACGUGCCCCGCCUCCACCUCCGCCCCCGCCUCCUCUUCCUCAGGGCUGCCCUCUGCGCUGUCCUGCGCCUCGUCCUGCUCCUUCAGCCAGUACAACAUCCAGAACAUCUCCACCGGCCCGCGCAAGAACCAGAUCGAGAUCAAGCUGGAGUCGCCGCAGAGGAGCAACUCCUCGGCCACGGCCGUGCUGCGCACGUCCUCCUCCUCCUCCUCCUCUUCCUCGUGCCCGGCCUCCUCGUCCUCGCUGGCGGGGGGCACCACCACCCCGCUCUCGAUCGGCGCGUCGGGCCUGAGCCGCAGCCAGCCCACCGUUUACAUCUCGGCCAGCCCCCCCUCGGCCUCCAGCGUCGGCGGCGGCGGCGGUGACGAUUCAGCGCUGCCCCCCAGCUCCUCGCGCUCCCAGCCCAAGUUCUACAUCUCGGCCAACGCCUCCUCGGACGACGGCUCCGGGGGCCGCAACCCGCCCACCUUCUACAUCUCGCGGGGCGAGCACGGGGCCGGGGUCAGCAUGGGCCCCGCCUACAUCCACCACCACCCGCCCAAGUCCCGCGCCUCCAUGGGCGGAGGAGGGCCCGGCACGGCCACGUCCCCCCGCGUGGUGGUCACCCAGCCCAACACCAAAUACACUUUCAAAAUCACCGUGUCGCCCAACAAGCCCCCGGCGGUCUCGCCCGGCGUGGUGUCGCCCACCUUCGAGCCCACCAACCUCCUCAGCCUGCCGGCGGACCACCACUACGUGGAGCAGGACCCCCAGCACACCUCCGACCCUCUGGUCGCUCACCAUGGCCGAACCAGCGAGCCCCGCCGACUCAGCACGGGCUCCGACGACGCCGCCUACACGCAAGCUCUGCUAGUCCAUCAGAAGGCCCGCAUGGAACGCCUGUGGCACGAGCUGGAGCUGAAGAAGCAGAAGCUGGAGAAACUCAAAGACGAAGUCAACAAGAUGGAGAAUGACCUGACCAGGAGACGACUCCAGAGGUCCAAUUCUGUGGCUCAAAUCCCCUCGAUUGAGGAAAUGCAGCAGUUGCGGUGCAAGAACAGGAUAUUGCAGAUCGACAUUGACUGCCUAACCAAAGAGAUUGAUCUCCUUCAAACCCGAGGACCACACUUCAACCCCAGUGCAAUUCAGAACUUCUAUGACAGCCUUGAAUGCUUAGGUCCGGUCCCUCCAAAACCCAAAGGUACUUUAUCUGUUGCAGACUCCAGCAGCUGUAAAAGUGUGCGGGCGGUGGCCGACUCGGAGGAGGACGAGGGCACCCAGUGGAGCUGCACGGCCUGCACCUUCCUCAACCAUCCCGCCCUCAACCGCUGUGAACAGUGUGAGUUCCCGCGUCACUUCUGAGCCACAGCGGACGCCACGCCAACGCCACGCCAACGCCCCGUGCCCCGCGCCCAUGCCACUCUCCACCAGACACCAAACACACACACACACACACACACACACACACACACUCAGCUAGAGCGGGGGAGCGGACGCCAAACACACACACACUCAGCUAGAGCGGGAGAGCGGACGCCAAACACACACACACACACACACACUCAGCUACAGUGGGGGAGCGGACGGCGCUCCUUCUCCAAUCUUCUAGUUCUAUUGAGAAAACACGGACAGGGUUACAAGUAGGUUUUUUUUGUUGUUCUUUGGUGUCGUUCAUUUUUUUUUCCUUCCUAUUUUUUUGAGUUUCCUCCAAGAUUUGUGGAAUGCUGAAUCAUUGAAGGCUUGACUGGAUAGAGUUUACAGGUUGUGUCUCUUAAACAAACAAACAAAGAAAACAUGAAAAAAAAAAAAAAAAAAAAAGAAGCCAACAGAAGCCAGCAGCGCCACCGGUACCUCUCCUUUGAGUCUGUGUGUACGUGCCACCCUGUGCCACUCUGAGGGGUACCUCUCCUUUGAGUCUGUGUGUACGUGCCACCCUGUGCCACUCUGAGGGGUACCUCUCCUUUGAGUCUGUGUGUACGUGCCACCCUGUGCCACUCUGAGGGGUACCUCUCCUUUGAGUCUGUGUGUACGUGCCACCCUGCUCUGAGGGGUACCUCUCCUUUGAGUCUGUGUGUACGUGCCACCCUGCUCUGAGGGGCAUUCUUCUGCUCACGGGAGAACUCCCUGCUCCCUUCUUCAGUAUUAUCAGAGUACUGUGCCUCACACACACACACACACACACACAUGGACACACACACACACACACACAUGCACACACACACUGCCUGUACGCACACACACACACAGGGAAAGGUUGUGUGGAUGCCAGUGAUUUGGGCUCUUCUCCUGAAAAGCAUGGAGAGAAAAAUGGGAUCUGGACUGGAGUGUGUCUGUCCGUGUGCCACGCUUGCCCUGAAGGGGAAACUACACGCACUACUUCGGGGGCCGGAGUGUCUUCUGCGUCUGGGUUGCUGUCUCCAGGGGUCGACGGGAACGAUUCGGCGGAGUUUCUGCCAGCGAUGGGAGAAAAAAAGAGAAAAAGCAAACGUUUUUCUGUUAUCGUCCUUUUAUUUCAGAGUACUCCUCACCAAAUCGAUGCCUCUGCAAUCUGUAGCGAAAAACCAACCAAAAAAGAGAAAAAUGAAACUGCAUGCUUUACAUGUGUACAGUCAACGGAGGAGAAAACCAUCCCCUUGAACUUAUAACUGUACAUAGUUUUAGAAUGUGCUUUUUAAACGACAAAAAAAGAUGCCUCCUUCUCACACUAUGAAUCUCUUAUAUUUCUUGUAAGUAUAGCUCUAUAGACUUCAAUAACUUUUCAUCCUUUUUUUUCCCUCCCUCUCCCCCUUUCCUCUUGAACAUGAAUAAGCACGAUUUGCCCAUUUUUGUAAGCUUUUGAACUUGAUUUCUGUGAGGAGGGAAGCGGCGCCUAUGGGAGGCGGUGCAAGCAAGGGAGCAUUUCUUUUUUUUUUUUUCAGGACGCGUUCAUGAGAGCUCUGGUCCGCUCGCUCGCUCGCUGCUCCUUACUGGCAUGCAACGCUGCUGACGGUCCCACGUACCAUCUGUGCAUGCAGCGGAAGUCGGAAGAUGGAGUUAUUUCUUUUCUUUUUGAUUUUUUUUUUUUCUUCCUCGUGUCUAAAGAUGCAAGAGAACUUUGGACUGGUAACAAGGACAAAACAAGCCCACAAACAAGGAAUGACUAACCAUCUUAUCUGACAACUGGAAUGCAGGUGCCAAGAGAAGUGUGCAUGGUUAACCAUGCACCCAGAAACAUUUGAUAGAAAAAGAAACUAGAUUCACCAGAGUCAAAGUUUGAGGGCUUGGACUUUUUUGGGGGGUGGGGUGGGGGGUGUUUGGGGUGAUUUUGCCCAGGUGUAUGUGCGCAGCUUGAUCUAAAGGUGAAUUUACAGCAGAAGGGCUUUCACAAAUGGAACAGUCAUGGUGGGUUUACAAGUAUGCAAUAAAAUCAAUAGAUUAAAAUCCAUCAAAGGUCCAGGACAGUUGUGUAUCAGACAGCCUCGUCAUUGAUUAAGUGUGCGUCAUUCACCUGUGUGCAUCAACUAAUGCCUUAAGCCUGAAGGACUCGAUCUACACAAGCCCAAACAGACAGUGCCAAAGCAAUUUCCCCUCCCCAGAUAUGUUGACCCUUCCUAUUGAUUUGAGAAUUCAGUGUUUACUGUUUUAUUGAUUUUUACCUUAAUAUUUGAAGUUUCUUUUAUUUUCUUUCCUCUGAGAUUUUGUGAAAAAAAAUUCUCACAUGUUGUAAUUAGCUGCCUCACCCUGGUGUAUUGGAAUGCUAUGUGUAUGAGUAAUCUAUGCAGUCACCAGUCACAUGUGUCCUUUUGAAAAAAAGAAGCGUUACAUGGAUGGAAUCAGAGGAAGGGUAAAGAGUUAAACUGACGCGAUAUCUCUGAAGCACUUAUGUGAUACUUUGACCUGUUUUAAAAUUUAAAAAAAGGAAAUCCAGUACCUGCUUCAGCCACAGCCCAGUGAGACGAAUCUGUUCAUAUGUGUUUUAUUAAUUAAAAACAAAAAAAAAAGAGACUAAUUUGGAUAUCUAAAGUUGUUUUUGAUUUUAGCUGGGAAAACUGUCUUUGUAACAGAUAAGUUAUUUGUAAAAAUAAAAAAAAUCUAUUCUGAAAUUCUGGAUGAUUUCCCACCUUACUUCUGAUUUUGCUGUGAUUGUUGAACAGCGAUGAUCCUGACAGAGACAACCUCUUGAAGAGCUAUCCACUAGGUGACAGUAGAGAUAAGAAUAAAAUAAUAAAAAACAA